AUGGAUCGACAUAGACUUGAGCAACUCGAAAAUCUACUUCGAGUGCAAAGAAACUCUAAAGACGUCGUCGCCGACAUGUCCGUGUUGACGUGUGGGUGCUUGACGUCUGAGUCUUACUUUGGGGGCCUCUCGCACAUCAAUGGCUUUGCGGAGUGCCCCAAUUGUGGAAGUGGGAACGUUACGUUGCUAGCAGAUGUCAGUCCGAUGAGAGCACUAUACAAGAUUGUGUUGGAAAUAAGCACUCAACUUAAAGAACAGCAGUCUGCUGCAGGUUUGCCCAGGAAGUCCAUCUCCAAGAAAAGCUUGAGUGAAAACAUCAGUGCUGAGAAUCAGUACGAACAAUCUUCUAAGGCCGAAAACAUGAACUUGAUCAGCUUGUUUUAUAAAUUUGCCAAAGAAGAGACGGAGAGGGAAGUGGUGUCUAAAAGGAAAAACAGAAAGAGUGCUGACUAUCUAGAGUUACAGCGCCAGCUGCUGUUGCACCAGCUGCAGCAAGAAAAAGAGACGUUGAAGUCUGAUUUGAUACUGCAGCACUUCGAACCAGAGUACACUACGGCGUCCUCUGUGCAGCCCAUAAAUAUCUCAACGCAUUCCUCUGCAAAAAGAGGUAAUUCACUGGCAGGUCCGGGCCCAGAAACAAGUAUUAUUCCCUCUUCACUUCAGUCAUUUUCCAUUUCUCCGAUGAAUGAUUCAAGCUACACCGAUUCCUCCUUCCGCAAUAGUUCUUUGCAGACGAUCCCAUCGCAAUUGUUGUUAGGUAAAGGUGGAGAAGAGAAGGAGUAUAAUUUCUCGAAAUGUUUUCCCUUUUAUCGGAAAUUAUCCACUUUCCAAACACAGCAAACGAAAUUGAACUUCUCUUCGUUUUCUCUGUCUUUUAAAGCCAGUUCGAUGAUUAAAAAGACCACUAAAUUUAUAGGAAGCGACAUUCACAGUUAUAUUGAUAUGUUUACAGGUGAAGAAAUCACAAGGUUUGUCAUGAUAUCAGAGAAGAAGUGGGAAUUAUAUCAAUACGACAAUACUACCAAUAAGCCCAAAUUACUAUGCUGUGGGAAACUGACAGGAGAGUAUGGGAGGGAUCACAAUAGCUUAUCUUUUGGCGAUGGAGAUGAAGAAAUAUUAAUUAAGAACGACUUUGGAGAUGCCAAUGCAAACACAAAUGCUACCUCAAAUAGUAAUAAUGGUAACGCAAAUAAUAAUUAUGAUACUAAUGGUGCCAAUGGAGAUACUCUUGGCACGAACGAUUACGACAAUAACGACGAAACAAGAAAAAAAUUAGCGACCUGGGAUCAAUUAUACUGUUCCCUAUCGACAAACUAUCUUACCAUUUCUGGUACCAAAGGAAUAUUGAGGGUACUCAACGUGUCUCCUCGUUCUAUGGUUGGAGAUUUGGGUAAACCUUUGUACACCUAUAUGACCAACUUUCCAAUUAGAUGUAUAGCAAUCUCCCCCAACGAAAAGGUGGUAGCAUGUGGAAUCACCGCCAGGGAAAGAUUGACAGGAAAGGAACAACCAUUCAUCAUAUUACAUAAAUUGAACCUCAGAGAAGACUCUUAUAAAGUGGACUCAGUUGAACCAAUUACUAUCACGGUUCCUUACAGAGAUCCUAUAAAGAUGAUGAACUUCAAUGCCACAUCCAAGUACUUACUUUGCUGUACCGUUUGGGAAUCAAGAUACUUGAUUAUCAGAUUAACCAGCAAUGCAUCAGAUAAUUAUAAAAAGCCUAGGCUAAUUUGGUCUGAAUUAAGUAAUACAAGGAAGAGGUCUGUCGAUAUGAAAGACGGGAAGGUAGACAUGGAAUCAAAGAAUAAAGAAGAAGACGAAAUAAUGAUGGGCAAUGAAGGAAUAACUGACUUACAAUUUGGACUGACUCAUUCGAACACUAUAAUAAUGGCAUCGUGCUCGUUAACUAACAGACCCCCGGUUGUUAUUAGACUUGAUGGGGUACCUAUAGACGGUGGAAGACCCUCUAUCAGCAAUGGGACUGGUGGUGCUGGAGGAAUGGGGGAUUAUGAAACUUCGAGUAUGAGUGCCAAUAGUAAUAACUUUAGGAAUAUGGAAUUAGAAGAGGAGAGAAAUGCUAGUAACCUGAUUAAAUCAUCAGAGCCUAUAUUGCGAAUUCCCGAAGUUGGAUCUACCAUUCACAGGUUUGCUCUGCUGCCUCGUGGAGACGGGAUGUGCUACUUGGAUAAAGAAGGGCAUAUCUUUUUAGUAUCCACGCCCAACUUCCAGCCUCAUCCAACUACUCCGAUGAAAAAGAUUGUCGUGCAGCUUGGGGAGGUAUCAAAUGCUGAAAGGUACUACGAAUCAGCAGCAAUUAAGUUUUCUAUCGAUGGAGGGAAGGUAUACGUUGUCGAUAGAAAGGGAAUAUUUCUGGUUUUCGACUUUACCAAGGGAAUUCCAGGUCAGGAUAUGGAUGUAGUGAAGUGUAAGAUAGUGAAUAUCUGA